AUGGAACUGUUCAACCACUCUUCUAGCAGAUUUAUUCUUCUUGGUUUGUCCACUGUUCUUUACUUGAAGGUCAUUGCUUUCAUCACCUUCUUGGUGAUUUAUUUGAUAACAUUGUUUUCAAACCUUCUACUGAUCAUCGUGGUGAUGAUUAAUUCGAAGCUCCACACUCCAAUGUACUUUUUUCUUACUAAUCUCUCUAUGAUUGACAUCUGCUUCUCUACCACUGUGAUCCCUAAAAUCCUGAUUAACACAUUGGCCAAGGACAGGAGCAUCUCUCUACUAGAAUGUGCUGUCCAGAUGCACUUUCAUUUGGCUUUGGGGUCUACAGAGUGUUUCAUACUUGCAGUCAUGGCCUAUGAUAGAUUUGCUGCCAUCUGUAAACCACUUCACUACAACACUAUCAUGAGCCGGAAGACGUGCACCAAUCUGGCUGCUGCGUCAUGGAUCUCAAGCUUCAUCGUCUCCAAUUUAGUAGUUAUCUACACCUUUCAGAUGUCCUUCUGCCAUAACCACCAUGUCAACCACUACUUUUGUGAGUUUCCCCCACUUUUAAAAAUAGCCUGUGGUGAUACUUGGCUUCAUGAGUUGAUGAAUUAUAUUUUUACAAGCAUAAUAGUUAGUCUAUUUUUUGUCUUUAUUCUGACUUCAUAUAUUCAAAUUCUGUCCUCCAUCUUGAAGAUCAGGUCUUCUCAUGGAAGGUACAAAGCUCUCUCCACAUGUGCCUCCCACAUCAUUGUGGUGACUUUCUUCUAUGGGACCAUUAUGAUUCUGUAUUUGCGUCCACAUUCAAGUUCCUCCCCAGACAUAGACAAAUCUGUCUCCCUCAUCUACUCAGCCGUUACACCCAUGCUGAACCCCAUCAUCUACAGUGUCCGAAAUAAAGAUGUCAAAGACACUGUAGAAAACAAUCUAGUUAAAGAGGUUCUCCAAUCAAAUGCAUUUUUACAAAAAUCAUAUUAA